AAGAAAGGGGGAACGAAUGACAGAAAGCUGGAGUGGAGUGAAACACAGGCUUUGCAAUGAGAGCUCGGAAAAGUGUGCAAGGGUAGAAAAAAAAAAAUAAAAGAGGGAAUAGGUGGUAAUGCCAGAGGGGCUGCAGACUGUAGACCGUCUAGGAGUCAAGCAGGUUCUGAAGCUGAAACUUCUCCACAGCUGAAGUGGUUAUUCUGGGCGCAGGCCAAGUUGAUCGUUUGGCUCCUUUGAUCCAUGCGGCCUGAAUAGGCUGGACAGGUGCUCAGCUUCAGUACUGAUCUACACCUCCUGCAGCUAUGGAGAAACAGCUGGAAGAGCUGAAGCAGCAGCUGGAAAAACAAUGUCAGAUCAACCAGGAACUGCAGAGGCAAAAUAAGGACCUGGAGCAACGGCUGAAAGACAAAGAAAAACUUUUGCAGGAGCUGCAGACCCAGUACCAUGAUCUUGAGUUUCCCUCCCAGACUGCUAAUGAAGCAGAGCCUGAAUUCAGGACGAGUCGAGCCGCUGUUAUGGCCCCUGAACCAAUUCCAGAGAACCUGGAAAUUUCACGCAACAUGGUUAAGAAGACUGCCAGUGAGACAAGUCUUAUUGUUAAAGCCAUCCAGAAGAACGAUUUCCUGAGCCGCCUGGACGAUGAGCAAAUAACCAUGAUGGUGGAUCUCUUAAUGUCAUCGCACUACAAACCUAGCGAAGAAGUCAUUACAGAGGGAUCAGAAGGAGACAGAAUGUACAUAGUGGCAGCUGGUGAACUCAUCGUGACUCAGUCAGGUCGGGACCUGAGGACUCUGACAAAAGGAGAUGUUUUCGGAGAGUUAGCCAUCCUCUACAACUGCAAACGGACAGCGACAGUCAAAGCUAAGACACAUGUGCAUCUGUGGUGCAUGGAGCGACAGACGUACAGAACGAUUAUAACUAACAAGUCCAAGAAGAAACGAGAGCAGCUCAUGGGUUUCCUCAAGACGUCUCGUACUCUCAAGGAUCUGAAUGACGCGCAGUUGUCCAAAAUUAUCGACUCCAUGGAGGAGGUUAAGUUUCAGGACAACGAGGUUAUAGUUCGAGAAGGAACAGAAGGAAACACUUUCUACAUCAUCCUCAAAGGAGAGGUCGUGGUGAGCAAGAAUGUGAAUGGACACCAGAAGCAGAUUCGCAGGAUGGGAAAAGGGGAGCACUUCGGGGAGCAAGCCCUCAUACGAGAGAUCUUGAGAACUGCCACCUGCACUGCUGAUGGCCCUGUUACAUGCUUCUCUAUUGACAAGGAGGUUUUUGAAGAAACAAUCCCAGUAGAGCACCUCGAGCUGUUUGAUGACUCCAAAGUGAUGCAAGAGGAGCAAGGUCCAGAACAGCCAGGUCCGAGCUCCAGUCUGAAGUUUAAGGAUCUGGUUCCUGUUUUAUAUCAGGAAGGACGCUAUCAAGGAGAUCCCGUCACACUUGGAGUUGGAGGAUUUGGUCGUGUGCAGCUGAUGACCACACUGACUUAUGGGAAAUACUACGCCAUGAAGCGAGUCAGCAAGAAGCAAAUUGUUUCCAAGAGACAGGAGGAACACAUGUUGUUUGAGAAGAAGAUCCUGAAAGCGAUCCAGUGUGACUUCAUUGUGAAACUUCAUGCCGCAUUUAAAGAUGCAAGGUACAUCUACAUGGUGAUGGAGUUCUGUGGUGGUGGCGAGAUCUGGACCAAGCUCAAAGAAGUAGGGCGAUUUGAUGAACCGGUUGCUGUGUUUUGCACUGCCUGUGUGGUGGAGGCCUACUCUUACCUCCACAAGAAGAGCAUCAUGUACAGAGACCUUAAGCCUGAGAACCUGAUGCUGGACAUAAAAGGCUAUAUCAAACUGGUUGACUUUGGUUUUGCAAAGGAACUGGUGCGUGGUGAGAAAACCUACUCCUUUGUGGGUACGCCUGAGUACAUGGCUCCAGAGAUCAUCAAGAACCAGGGUCAUGACUUUGCAGUUGACUUUUGGUCACUUGGCAUUCUGAUCUUUGAACUUUUGGUGGGAAGUCCUCCAUUUUCAAGCUCGGAGCCUCAGAAGAUUUAUUCCAAAAUUUUGGAUGGAGAACUCAAGUUUCCACUUUACCUGAGUGAAGCAGCAAAGUCAAUCAUCAGCAAACUGUGCAGACCUCGGCCAGGUCAGAGGUUAGGAAAUACCAAGAAUGGAAUCAAAGAUGUCCGGCAUCACAGGUGGUACAGCAGCAUGAACUGGCACAAGCUGCGUAUGGGUCAGCUCGACGCUCCAACCAUACGACUCAUCCGCAAGGGUCCCUGCUACAUCAACUUUGAUAAAUUUCCUCAGGACCACUCGGUGGCAGAAGAGGAGUUUUCUGGGUGGGACCGUGACUUCUAAUUCUCACAUUUAGGUUGAAGAAUCGAAUGGUGGGCGGUUUGUCCUUAUCAUCCCAAAAAGGACCCUAAUUAAAGACACUGACCUUAGUUUAUUCAGCCUCUAAAGGGGCCAAAAGAAGAUUAAUGCUACUGGGUACUGACAUAUCACACAACACAUUUCUUACCAAAUUUUCACACCAAUUACACUGAAGCUCCAGGGAAUCACUGUGACAAUAUGUGCGGAAGCUCCUCUGUUGCAGUGAGCUUCAGCUCACACACAAAUGUACCUCUACAGAUGAGGAGAAGGUGUAGAGGCAAAAUGGUGGGACUCUGUGUAUUCAUAUUCAGCGCAAACAUAUUUGGUAGCUGAUGAGUAAGUGUUAAAUUCAUGAGACACCUUGCAGCGAUUAAGAAUACUGACCAGGUGAUCAAAUGCUUCCGAUGUAAGGAAAAAUUUCCAUUAAAAGUCUUUUCUCACUUUUAAUUUUGCAGGACAAGAAAAUGAAUAUACAUGUCAUAUGUUGUGUUCAAAAACAAUAACAGGAUCAAUCACUGUUUUGUGUACAAAUUAUAUUUCUAUAUGGCAGAUAAUUUGUUAGUAGGUGCAAAAGCCCUAUAACAGGACCAAUAGACCGGACAGUUUUAACUUUCAUCCUUUAUUAAAGGAUAAAUGCUACCA